ACACUUCUAGAAAGAACCCUCUCUCUCUCUCUCUCUCUUUCUCUCUGUCCUUCUUCUCUUUCUUUAUAAGCUUCCCUUCAGCUAAUUCCUUUGGAAAUCUCUUUGUGUACACGAAAUCAAUCGCAAGUCCGGUCAUCGGCGUUAUGGUUUCAUCCUCUGUUUCUGUGUGAGAUAUGGAUAACUCCGACGGCUCCUCCGUCAUCUUCCUCUCCGGUUUCUACUGCUGGGGCUGGGAAUUCCUCACCGCUCUCCUCCUCUUCAGCCGUUGAUCAUCAUCAUAUCAUAUCGAUCAUCCCCCACCACCAAAGUAUUCUCAAUUAGAGGGCCAGAAGCCAAUUUCGUUCUUUUUCUUUUUUUCCGCCGAUCGAGUCUUUUAGGAGCCAAGUAUAUUUAGCAUAUGGGCAUCCAGCCGCAGCAGCAGAGAUCGGCGCCGGCGCCGUUCCUGACGAAGACGUACCAGCUGGUGGACGACCCGGGCACCGACAAGGUCGUGUCGUGGGACGAGUCCGGGGCCACCUUCGUGGUGUGGAACACGGCGGAGUUCGCCGGGGACUUGCUCCCUAACUACUUCAAGCACAACAACUUCUCCAGCUUCGUCCGGCAGCUCAACACCUACGGAUUUAGGAAGAUUGCUCCCGACAAGUGGGAAUUCGCCAACGACAACUUCAAGCGCGACCACAAGGAGCUCCUCACCGGGAUCCGCCGGCGCAAGGCCGUUCCAACGCCUCCCCAGUCCGCCGCAGCGGCGGCGUCGAACUCCGGCGAUGACCAGGGUUCCUCCUCGACGUCGUCCCCGGACUCCAAGAGCCCGGGGUCGGCCAACACGUCCGCGUUGACCUCCCAGUUUGCUGACCUGACGGACGAGAACGAGAAGCUGAAGAGGGAGAAGGAGCAGCUGAGCACUGAGCUGGCGCAGACGAAGAAGCAGUGCGACGAGAUGGUCGCCUUCCUGACGGGGUACCUCAAGGUGGCCCCGGAUCAGAUCAGCCUCAUCAUGCGGCAAGGGGCCGGCGGGGCUGCCCGGGACGGAGGAGAAGAGGGCUUGAAGUUGAAGCUGUUUGGCGUUUGGUUGGAUGAGGGCAAAGAACAGAACAAGAAGAAGAGGGAAAGGGAGGAAAAGGUUGGGCUGACUGGACCCGGUGGCCCGGAGGAAAUGAGGGCCUUCGACCUUCAUCCUCACCCGCCACUAAAGAGCAGCAAGGUCUGCAACUGAUGGGUGCAAUUACCGUUAUACCCGCCCAAUUAAGUCUCGAUUGCCCGCGAUAGUCUAUUUUCGAUGGUUAACAGCCCAAGCUACCAAAGUGUUACGAGUUGCAACUUGUCCUGAAUACGCGAGGGUCACUGCUGGCUAGCUCGUCACACGACACUGACGGCGUAUUAGUGAUCUGAAUAUAAUAGGAGGUUGCGAUGAAUCGGUUACAUAGAUUUAGUGCAAGACAUGGAAAACUAGGACAAAAGUUGAUCAUAGGAGGUCAAUGGCUCUACUGUUGGUAGGAGGGAGAAAAGACUCCCUUCACCGAAAUUAUUCAUUUCUAUUUGCAUAAAUUGUAAUAAUAAGGGUGUAAGUGUCACAGGUGAACACAGUUGUGUCCGAUCAUUGGGGUGGAGAAGCAGAUCAAGAAGAUCAAAAGCAAAUGGGUCUUCAUGCUCCUUGUAUAUCCACAGCAUUAUAGUGUAAGAAAUUAUGAUAUGAUUAAUUAUAUUUCUUCUUAAUUGUAACGGUUUAAACUUUUCAAUUAGUCUGA